AAGGCGGUGGUGGGAGGAUUCCCACACGGUCAUGACAGGCCGGGCUAGGCCACAGCGGCCUGGGCUGACCAUGUCGCUCAGCCAGCAAGUGGCACUGGUCCUGUGUCUCUUUAUCGGUGUCUUUCUGGUGAUUCCGAGAAUGCUGGGGACGCCUCGCAGCGGGAAAGAGGCGGCGGGCCGGGCUCCGUCAGCGGGCCAUCGUCCCCCAGUUCCUGGAAGACGCCAGCCACUGGUUGCACAAUCCCAAUCCAAUAGUCCCAAAGGACAGCCUAAUCUCAGGAUGAAAAGUACAAAUCAAAAGGAAAUGAAUAGUGACAAGACUCAGGGCAGAAACAAAGGAUUUGUUUUCCAGUUAAUGCCACUUUAUGCAAUAGGAAUAAGUGUAUAUGCAGUUUACAAACUUGUGCAGAUAAAAUACAAUGAAAAUGAAAAAGUAAGCAAAGAGAAAAACAAGGAGAUUGACAAAAAGAGGAAAAAUACAGAAAAUCAGCUUUCUGAACUGGAGAUACGUUUGGCACAGACAGAGAGAAUGCUGGACUCAUUAGUAAAAGAACUAGAUCCACUCACCAGCUGUGUUGAUGCUGUGGCCUCUGAGCAGAAGAAUGAAAUUAUGACACAGCUUCAGCAAUUAAGGCAGCUGAUGAAAGAGAGACAGGCACCCAAUAUUGAUGAAAAUGUAACACUCAUCACUGAGGAUGAAGAACAUAUCGAGGACAUUGAGUCAAAGGCACAAAUGUCUGAAGAUCUGAUCUCUGCAGAGAGUGAAGAAGACAUGCUAGAUGAUGUUGACCCAAUAAUUGGCAAAGUACCAUUAUGUGACGAGGUUGAAUUGAGUAGCAUUUCCACAGCAGACGCUGAGAGUGAUUUUGAAGUUGAUGCAGAUUUGCCAGAAACUCAUGAACCCGUAGAGUUAAGAAGGCGCAAUAAAAUGAAUGAGUUUGGGAAAUAAAUCGCUAAUCAUCCCUGUAUAUUCAUACUUUAUCCAUUACUUGAUUCACUUUGCUUAUUGUGUGGUUUUAUAGAAAUAUUAUUUCCAUGAUACUUGUUACUAUUUAAAACAGAUUAAAAUAGACAUUGACCUAAUAUAUUCAAAAGCAUUGACACAUCAGGAAAUUGGUUUUAGUUAGUUAGAAUUUACUUGUUCCAUAUAGUU